AUGUCAUGGAAUGAAUGAAGGGAGGGGGGUCCCAUUAAAAGGCGCCUUGUUUCUGUCAGGAUUCUUUCGAGCUGGGUUCGUCCCGUGACCGCCAAACUCCAGACGUGACAAAUCCACGCACAAUUUCAUUUCGACUCAACGCGACACGUUACCGUUAGACGCCUUUCAAUUGACUCGUGUAGUGCGACUGCAGCAUCUGCAGCUCAUGCGAACACCAACUCCGUACAAUACUUGCCACACAAUGAAAACGCUCGGAUGGAGUCGCUGCACAGAGCGCAACCUACACUUAUGCUACAACAGUACAACAAACACAAAAAAAAGGGCAGCCUUGCCCCCUCUGAGAGAUUGUCAUGGCCCGAUACUUGAGGCACUUCACCACAGUGGGUGAUGAGCAGCCUGACCAGUGGGAGGAGGAGGAGGAAGAAUUGCAAGCAGACAGUGAUGAACUGGGUCCUGCCACUGGGCAGUGCCCUGAAACCCUGACCUUCAGGAAUUCGCUGAAAAGACUCUACAGCACUGCACGCUUCCAGGUAUUGGUGGUGUGUUUAGUUGUCCUGGAUGCCAUUUUUGUACUGGCAGAGCUGCUUAUAGAUUUAUCCAUUAUCAAGCUGGAACAUGGCCAUGUUGCACCUGAGGUGUUUCACUACCUAAGCCUGGCACUUCUCACGUUCUUCAUGGUGGAGCUAGCUGGCAAACUGUUCGCAUAUCGCCUGGAGUUCUUCCAGCAUAGGUUUGAGGUGUUUGAUGGUUUGGUGGUGAUGCUGUCUUUUGUGCUGGACAUAGUAUUCAUCUUCCAUGAUGAUGUAUUCGAUGGAAUGGGUCUCCUCAUCCUGCUGCGUCUCUGGAGGGUGGCUAGAAUCAUCAACGGGAUUCUAGUGUCUGUAAAAACCCGUGCAGACCAGAAGAUGCACAAGCUGAAGGGCAGCUAUGACCAUCUCGUGCAAAGAGUCACAGAACUACAACAGCAGAUUGAUAAACUAGACCCCACUCAAUCGAUCGAGAGGCGGGAUAGGGUCCAGGAGUCCACUCGAGAGCAGCCCGGCGGACGGGACACGUCCCACACCGAGGGAGCCAGGGCGGUCCGCCGGCCCCACUGAGCCGCCACAAUCGUCCACCUGGAGGAGGCCGCAGGGACCCAAUGCCACCCCCGCCACCGCCCCACAGGCUUGAUAAUUUUCUUAUUUCAUGAUACCUGUGAUACAGUCAAGGCCUCCAGUACCAGAUGUAACAAAGCAGCCCCACAGCAUUAUGGAUCCUACACCUUCCU